AUGGCCGGUUCCUGCCAAAAGGACUUUGACAAGUUCCAAGAACGGCUCUGGCCCAUCCUGGCUCUGCAGUUCGUUUUGGCCGUCGCUGGGAACGGCUUCGCCAUCUACCGCUUCCUGGCUCGCGGGCGCUCCUCCUGGCACACCGGCAUCGUCUACGCCUUCAACCUGGCGGUCAGCGACCUGCUGUACGCCUUCUCCCUGCUGCCCUUGGCCAUUUAUUACUACCCGGAGAAGGACUGGCGCUAUGGCCUCACCUUCUGCAAGCUGGACCGCUUCCUCUUCUUCUACGGGCGCCUGGAGCCCCGCCACGCCAAGCUGCUCAGCGUGGGGGUGUGGUCACUGGUGGCAGCCAUCUCAGCGCCAGUGCUCAGUUUUUCAACCACAGAACGGAAAAACGGCACCAAUCAGACCGAGUGCCUCGGAAGUGCCGCCGCCGACCAACUGGGGCAGUACCGCCCCUACAGCUUGUUCCUAUUGGCCUUUGGCUGCAUGCUGCCUUUCCUCUUGACCGUCUCCUCCUGCGGGGCCAUCCUCUACACGGUCCUGCGCAACCAGAACAUCACAGCGGCGGAGAAGCGCAAAGUGAAAGCCCUCGUCGGUGCGGUGGUCGCGCUCUACGCCCUGUCCUACUUGCCUUUCCACAUGCUACGCAACCUGAACCUCUGGACCCGCAUGGAGAAAAAGGUGGACUGUGGGGCAUCCCAUGUGAUCUACACCCUCUACCAGCUGUCGAAGAUCGUGGUCCACUUCCACAUCUGCAUCCACCCACUGCUCUACGCCUCCCUGGCCGACAAUCUGCAGGGAUACUGCUGCCGAGCCUUCCGGCGGAGGAAAGAGGGGGGAGAGAACGACGUGCCCUUGAGGCCCCGUGACCAGGACACCCCUGGAGAGCCCCAGAACCAGAGCUGA